GCGGGGCGAGCUGGCAGCGGGUACGGCGAGUCUCCUUGGCGCCGUCCCUGGCGGGCGGCGGCCUGGUGGCGCCGGGCGAAGAUGGGCGGCGGCGGGAGCAGCACCCGGCGCGUCACCUUCGAGGCGGACGAGAACGAGAACAUCACGGUGGUGAAGGGCGUGCGGCUAUCUAACAAUGUCAUUGAUCGUAUGAAGGAACCUUCCUCGCCCAGUGGAAGACCGCAGUCUCAGAACCGAUCGGCGUCUGGUGCAGUUAAUGAUGAAGAACUAAAGAAACGAAUAGCUGAAGAAUUGGCACUAGAACGAGCCAGGAGAGACUCUGAAGCUCAAAAGAGAAGAUUGAAACAAGAGCAAACGUAUGUACGUGAUGAGUUUGGCAAACUUCUGGAGCGGGAAAGGAUUGCUUCGAAUGAACAUCUGACUCGAGCCGUUCUUAGAGAGCGAGCUGCCACGGAAGAGGAGCGUCAGAAGGCACAGCACUUUGCCAAGCAGCUGGAAGAGAAAGACAGAGAACUGAAGAAACAUGAUGCUUACUACAAAGAGCAGCUGGCUCGACUGGAAGAAAGGAGUGCGCAAUUCUACAAAGUUACCACAGAGCAAUACCAGAAAGCUGCCGAUGAAGUGUCAGCUCGGUUCAAGCGAUAUGAGUCUCAUCCAGUCUGUGCUGAUCUGCAGGGUAAAAUCCUGCAGUGUUAUCAGCAGCAUGCUCAGGAGACCCUCAGCUGCUCUGCACUGGCGAGCCAAUACCUGCACUGUGUCAAUCAUGCCAAACAGCAGAGCAUGCUUGGGAGAGGAGGAUAAAGGCAUUGUCCAAAUCAAGCACAAGACCAUCAACUCUGAUUUCAGCAGAAGACCAUUUUUUCCCACAAACAAUAUGACAGCCCAUUUACAGGGCACACCAAUAAAGAGAAGAACUGGAAGAACCAUUUCAAGAGCAGCAGCCAUCACAGCCCAAUCAGUGUGACCAUUUGAAAAGCCAAGACCUGUAUCUUAUUACAUCAGGAAUCAUACAUCUGAAGACACUGUUCAGUCUUAGUAAAAUCCACUUAUUGGUGAUUGAAGGAAGGAAAAGAAAAGAACCUUUCACUGACCUUAGAGCGGAGAAAUAUCCUUCAAAUGCUGCUAUUCAUUGUAGAAUCUCCUCAACAACUUCUUGUCGUUGCUGUCAAAGGCACGGGUAUGUAACACUUGGUGUGCCAGGACAUGGCAAUACUUUGUGAGCGAGUCAGCAGCUGCUCCACACUGUACAGCCUGUGUUCGUUGCACUUACUAAAGCUUUCCUUUUAAUGUGUAAUAAAGUAAAUUUUGCUUUAACUUAUUUCACAAAUUAUGUGUAACUUAACGAAGUCUCUCUUCAGGCCUUCUGCUGGAAUGGUGUUAACGCUCCAACACUUAAGAUGUAACAUGGCCUUUAUUUACUUGAAAUAAUUUGAUUGUGCUCCUCACUCCUAUCGAGUACUGACGAAUAUGCCUCACUGUACCAACAAUAAAUAUAUUUUGUGAACAAGA